AUGUCAAGUCGUGUUCCGGAUCUGCGCAACAGUAUGAGCUCUUCGCAGAGUAAAAAUAGCUCUGGUAGCGCAUUAGUAUCGGAUGCUGAAGAUGAUUCUUUUGUUUCAAGAAGAACACCAUCAAGGAGACCAAGCAGUAUUUUUUCUUUAGAUACCACGCCAUUGGAACCCCCAAAUGAAAUUGAUAUCAAGAAGUUCACUAGCGAUGAUUUCCACUUCAGCAUGAUAAGAAAUCUACAUCUGGCUGAUUUCAUCACAAUGCUCAACGGUUUCAGUGGGUUUUAUUCAAUCGUAAGUUGUUUAAGGUUCACUUUGACUGGCAAACCACACUAUGUCCAAAGAGCUCAUUUCUUUAUUGUUCUAGGGAUGUUCUUCGAUUUUUUCGAUGGGCGUGUUGCAAGACUAAGGAACAGAUCAUCUUUAAUGGGCCAAGAGUUGGAUUCUCUUGCUGAUCUAAUUUCUUUUGGUGUUGCUCCAGCAUCAAUUGCCUUCGCUAUCGGAUUCCAAUCAACAUUGGACGUUUUAUUCUUGUCAUUCUUUGUUCUUUGCGGUCUAGCCAGAUUAGCAAGAUUUAAUGUCACCGUUGCACAGGUACCAAAGGACACCUCGGGUAAAUCCAAAUUUUUUGAAGGUCUACCAAUUCCAACUACACUUUUCCUAGUUGCUGUCAUGGCAUUUUGUGUGCAUAAAGGAUAUAUUACGGAAAACAUUCCAUUUGGCAUCUACGGAGCAUCCGAAUGGUACGAGUUCCAUCCCGCUGUUCUGGCGUUUUUCAUACAAGGUUGCGGCAUGAUAUCUAAGAGUUUGAAAAUCCCAAAACCUUAG